UCCCGUGCCCGGGGAGCGCCGAGGGCCAGCUUGGUGGAGCUUAGCACAGCUUGCUCGGCGCUGCGAGCGGGCGGGGGUGGACACUGGGCUUCUGUGUGCCAGUCGCAGCCGUUGGCUGGCGGGCACCCAAUCCCAGGGCAUGCCGCCGGAGCCUGGCCAGGACGCACGGUGAAAGACGAGUUUGGUGGCAGGCUUGACCCCCCGGCUGCCAGCAGAAGUCGGCGUCGGGAGCCCAGGCGGGUGGGCCGCUGGGGUCGGGGCUGCAGCUACGAGAGCCGGGACCCCCGGGUUCGGAGCGAAGGAAGAGGCAUGGCUUCGGUGUUCAUGUGUGGUGUGGAGGACCUGCUGUUCAGCGGCAGCCGCUUUGUGUGGAACUUGACCGUGUCCACGCUGCGGAGAUGGUACACGGAGAGGCUGCGGGCUUGCCACCAGGUGCUGCGGACGUGGUGCGGGCUGCAGGACGUGUACCAGAUGACAGAAGGCAGGCACUGCCAGGUGCACCUCCUGGAUGAUAGGAGACUGGAGCUGCUGGUUCAGCCCAAACUUUUAGCAAGAGAGUUGCUGGACCUAGUGGCUUCACAUUUCAACCUGAAAGAAAAGGAGUAUUUUGGAAUAACAUUCAUUGAUGACACAGGUCAGCAGAACUGGCUACAGUUAGACCACCGAGUUCUUGACCAUGAUUUGCCCAAGAAACCAGGCCCAACCGUUUUGCACUUUGCUGUGAGGUUUUACAUUGAGAGCAUAUCGUUUUUAAAGGAUAAAACCACCGUGGAACUGUUUUUCCUGAAUGCAAAGGCCUGCGUGCACAAGGGGCAAAUUGAAGUAGACAGCGAAACCAUCUUCAAGUUAGCCGCGUUUGUUUUACAGGAAGCCAAGGGAGAUUAUACCAGUGAUGAGAAUGCCAGGAAAGAUUUAAAGACAUUACCAGCCUUUCCAACCAAAACUCUUCAGGAGCAUCCAUCCCUUGCCUACUGUGAGGACAGGGUAAUUGAGCAUUAUUUGAAAAUCAAAGGUCUCACUCGGGGUCAGGCUGUGGUUCAGUAUAUGAAAAUAGUAGAAGCUCUACCAACUUAUGGUGUCCAUUAUUAUGCAGUAAAGGAUAAGCAAGGACUUCCUUGGUGGCUUGGAAUCAGCUAUAAGGGAAUUGGCCAGUAUGAUAUACAAGACAAGGUGAAGCCUCGGAAGUUAUUCCAAUGGAAACAGCUGGAGAACUUAUAUUUCCGUGAGAAAAAAUUUGCUGUUGAAGUUCAUGAUCCACGAAGGAUUUCAGUUUCAAGAAGAACCUUUGGGCAAAGUGGCCUCUUUGUGCAAACAUGGUAUGCUAACUCUUCUCUCAUCAAGUCCAUUUGGGUAAUGGCAAUUAGUCAGCAUCAGUUUUACCUGGACAGGAAACAAAGCAAGGCAAAAAUUCCUUCAGCCAGGAGUUUAGACGAGAUUGCAAUGGAUUUGACAGAGACAGGAACACAAAGGGCCUCCAAGCUGGUGACACUAGAGGCGAAAAGUCAGUUCAUCAUGGCAAGCAAUGGCAGUUUAAUCUCCUCAGGUUCUCAAGACUCAGAAGUUAGUGAGGAGCAAAAGAGAGAAAAAAUCCUUGAACUAAAGAAGAAGGAGAAACUAUUACAAGAAAAACUUCUGAAAAAAGUUGAGGAGCUUAAGAAGAUCUGUCUGCGGGAGGCUGAGCUCACAGGCAAAAUGCCAAAGGAGUAUCCCCUGAACGUAGGCGAGAAGCCUCCUCAGGUCAGAAGACGUGUGGGUACUGCCUUCAAAUUAGAUGACAACUUGCUGCCGAGUGAAGAGGAUCCUGCUUUGCAAGAACUGGAGAGUAAUUUUCUGAUACAACAAAAGCUGGUGGAAGCUGCAAAGAAACUUGCCAAUGAGCCAGACCUUUGUAAAACUGUGAAGAAAAAGCGAAAGCAAGAUUACACAGAUGCAGUGAAAAAGCUUCAGGAGAUUGAAAAUGCAAUAAACGAAUACCGAAUUAGGUGUGGAAAGAAACCCAGCCAGAAAGCAGCAGUGUUACCAGAAGACAUAAUCCCCUCAGAGAGUAGCUCUUUGUCUGACACCACCACCUUUGAUGAUCCCAGUGACGCCUUCACUCUUGCUGGGCAGCGAUCAAGUUCAGUACCUCAUUCUCCAAGAAUUCUUCCCCCCAAGUCUCUUGGUAUUGAGCGAAUCCAUUUCAGAAAGUCGUCCAUCAAUGAACAGUUUGUGGAUACCAGGCAGUCCAGAGAAAUGCUGUCGACACACAGCAGCCCUUACAAAACUCUGGAGAGGCGGCCCCAGGGCGGACGAAGCAUGCCCACCACGCCAGUUCUUACCCGAAACGCCUACAGCAGCAGCCACUUGGAACCCGAAUCUUCCUCUCAGCACUGCCGCCAGCGGAGUGGAAGCCUGGAGUCCCAGUCCCACCUGCUCUCCGAGAUGGACAGCGAUAAGCCAUUUUUCUCCCUCUCCAAAUCCCAAAGAAGCAGCAGCACAGAAAUCCUCGAUGACGGGUCUUCUUAUACAAGCCAAUCAAGCACAGAGUAUUACUGUGUGACACCAGUUACAGGCCCCUAUUACACCACCCAGACCCUGGACACUCGCACCAGGGGUCGGAGGAGGUCAAAGAAACAGAAUGUUUCUACUUCAAAUUCAGGAAGCAUGCCCAACCUAGCACAAAAGGAUAGUUUGAGGAAUGGUGUCUACUCAAAGAGUCAGGAGCCACCGUCUUCCAGUUACUACAUUGCCGGGUACACGCCCUAUGCAGAGUGUGACUUUUAUUACAGUGGUAGUUAUGUCUAUGAGAAUGACACCGAGGGACAGUAUAGUGUCAACCCUUCCUACCGGUCCUCAGCCCACUAUGGAUAUGAGCGCCAGAGGGACUACAGCAGAUCCUUUCACGAAGACGAGGUUGACCGGGUACCCCAUAACCCAUAUGCAACUCUACGGCUGCCAAGAAAGGCUGCCGCAAAAUCGGAGCACAUCACCAAAAACAUCCACAAGGCCUUAGUCGCCGAGCACUUGCGUGGCUGGUACCAGCGGGCCACUGGGCAGAAGGAUCAGGGGCACAGCCUGCAGACCAGCUUUGACUCAGACAGGGGAUCACAGAGAUGCCUGGGGUUUGCGGGGCUGCAAGUACCUUGUUCUCCAAGCAGUCGUGCAUCCUCCUACUCUUCAGUGUCUUCUACAAAUGCUUCUGGGAACUGGAGGACCCAGUUAACCAUAGGGCUGUCGGAUUAUGAGACUCCAGCACAUUCUUCUUACACCAGCUGCUAUGGCAAUGUCUAUAAUCCUUUACCCUCUCCAAGCAGACAAUACACAGAAAUCAGUCAACUGGAUGGUACAGAUGGAAACCGGCUGGAAGACAGCCUGGAGAGUAGUGAGCAGAGACUCUUUUGGCAUGAAGAUUCAAAGCCUGGAACAUUAGUCUGAACUGCAGUUGGACCUCUUGACCAAGCACUGCGUUCUCACACUAGUGUGCCUUGCAAAUCGUAUUCGUCUUCCGAGAGGAUGUUCGUUUUAGAAACCUAAAGACAUCAUAGGUUGAAGAGAAGACUUAGUUGCCCUGGAAGUGAAUCAGUGAAUCACACAUGAAGCCCCACAAAGCCCCUGAAGGAGGAUUUGGCCUUUCAAACUCUAGGCACUAACCUAACUGCAGGGUCUGCCCACGUGUUGAAGUACUGCCAAGAGAGGACUCAGUGUGAAGCCUUCAUCAAUAGCAAGCACUUUUUAAGGGAAUAAAAGAUGUUAAAGGCAAACCUCAAAACCAUGAAAGGGCGUUCAGGAUGUCCCAUGGCAAUAAAGACAGGGGAAAUCUCAGAGCACAAUUCAGCAGGAUGAGAGAAAGGGAACCAGAAGCUCCGGAGUCAUUGCUCACCUCACAGAGUUUGAAUUCGCGAGCUGACGAAGAAUAACAUGCUCUUUGUACACAGACAUGGACAAUUUAUACAGUAUUGGAAAAUUACUUGAAGCUGGAUUUUCAUGAAGUUCUGAAUGAGUGUAAAUGUUUUUUAGGAUAUUAUAAAGAGCGGUGUUUUUCAUAAGUACCAUAAAAUGGGUUCUGGAAAAACUUAUUACCAUAGCAUCCUGUAAUAUAACUUAUGGUAGCAGAUUGGGGAAAAUGAAGCAGCCCACUGAAUAAUUGACAAAGUCUGCUUGGAGAAUGUUCUAAGGUACAAUAUCAUUGAGCUCCUUUUUCCUUUCUCCACUAAUUGCAUGAUGAGCUAUUGUUCUGGCUGGUAAUUCUCCAACUCGGCUGUCAUUUGAAGUGGCAGACUUAAUAUGGAAAGUUUUUAUAAUUAUCAGUUUGUAAAAGUAUUUUAAGAUGAUACAGAAGGCAUCCAAAACAACAGAAGAAAAAAAAAAAAGCCACGUCAUUUUAGAUGAAUUGCGUGCCUUAAAAUGGUGAACAUUAGAAAAUUAAACAAGUCUGGAUUCCACAAGUAGUUCCAAGUCACCAAGUGACAAAAACAAGGUUAACGUUAAAAAACAACAACAGCAACAACGACAAAAAACUCCAAGCUGCAGUGGAUUUAAUUAUGAGGCUAAAACUACCUCAUACUUUCCUGGGAAGAACUAAUUAGCUAUGGUUUAUUGUAGGGUUUUGUUUGUUUGUUUUUUAAAGCAAAUUAUUUCCAUAUUCCAGUUUGAUCUUUUUUGUCAUCUUUGUUUCAAAAUUCCAUAAAAGGUGCUCCUUUCCCCCCUCUUUUAUACAAGUUUCUUGUUCAUAUUGUGAAUAGAAAAGUUUCUGAACAACUUUUUUGGAACAUUUUCUAUCUAUAUUCCAAAGCAUGUAAUAUAUACAUAAAAAUGAUUUGUUAAACUGGUCCUUAGUCAUUUGUAUAAUUAGAAAUGAAGUUUGGGGAAAAAUUUUGGAAAAACAAGCAAAAAAAUAACUUAUUCCUUUUUUGCAUAUUUGUAUAGCCUUCUAGAAACAGAAAUAACCCUUUUGCAUAUUCUUUUAUUGUUCUGACUUUUCAAGACCUAUUAUUUUUUUACAUAGGUCAAUAAACGAAAGGUGUGCUACUGAAAAUGUUUACGUAUUCUUCCAUUUAUGUCAGGGCUUCAUGUGAAGCAGGUCGCAGUGUUCUACUUCAAGUAAUCAUACUAGGCAAAAUUUCGGAUUUUUAGUUAUAGUAUUACCAUAUUUUAUUAAUUCCAGGUUGUACAUUUUUAAAUAUUUACAUUUGAAAACAGGGUUCAUCUUUUGAUUGACGGCAUAUUCUACUUGAAUUGGCAGUUUUUUCUUAAUAAUACAUUAAAAAAUAAUGCUGUGUCUUACAAUAAAGUUGCCUUAGAAUUGAUGAAAUACAGUAGUUUGUCUCACUGAGGAUGACUGAUGAGAAUUUUUAGGUUUUUUCAUCUUGGGAAUGUUGUUUAUUUGUAGCAGGUAAUUUAUACUCAUUUCACAGACUGGCAAACAGGUCUUCUAAAUUCAAGAAAUUAGUUCUCUGACAUCCUUUAAUCCUACAUAAUGCAGAGAAGGGAGUGGAAAUGAAAUAUAGGGAGACCUUAAUAUUUCCAUACAUGUAUCUUGCAUAAAAUAACAUUUUUCUGUUCCAGAAAUGGUAUGAUUACAAUUGCAAGUAUGCCUUGAAAGGGCAAGUAUUACUUGGCUCCCAAAGAGGAAAAGAUGGUAUAGAAAUGGAAGCUCAGGGCCAGGCAUGGUGGCUCACACCUGUAAUCCCAGCACUUUGGGAGGCCGAGGUGGGAGGAUUGCUUGAGCUCAAGAGUUCAAGACCAGCCUGGGCAACAUGGUGAAACCCCAUCUCUAUGAAAAUACAAAUAUUAGCCAGUUGUGGUGAUGUGUGCCUGUAAUCUUAGCUACUUGGGAGACUGAGCUGUGAGGAUGGCUUGAGCCUAGGAGGCGGAGGUUGCAGCGAGCCAGGAUCAUGUCACUGCAUUCCAGCCUGGGCAAUAGAGCCAGACCUUGUCUCAAGAGGGGGAAAAAAAAGGAAGAAAGAAAUGGAAGCUCAGCAAUCCUAUUGCAUGGAUUUCUUCGUCUCUUUUGAAAAACAUUUCUCAACCACAUUGGUGUUAAACCAAUUAAACUACAUUAUUUAUUAAAAGCCAAAAAGUGACAAAAGUACAUUAUUCAACAUGUAAGUUUCCUCUUUUUUAUUACAAAAUACCAUAUACUCAUGGUAAAAAUUUUAAAUGCAAAACCAAAAUAGUACAUAACAAAAACAUAAUCGUGCCCAUUAGACUAACUCUCAGAUAUGAUAGUUAAUUUACUGUAUAUUUGUUUGGAUUUUUUUAUGCAAAUAGCAACUUUUUAAAAGUCCAGCAUAUUACAAGUACAGUUUUACAACUUAGUUUUUUGUUUGUUUGUUUUGUUUUUUGCCUAAUAUAUCUUAGGCCUCUGUAUCAAGACAUACUGAACUACCUCAUAAAGAUGUAUGUUUAUUUAGCAAGGUGGAUUUUUUAAAUUGCCUCACCUUCCUUGAUAUUUGUCUAUUUUUCAACAUUUGAGAAAAUUUUUCAAAAUUCUUCCUUGUAUUCACAAAAACUUAAAUAUUAUAAGAAAUAAAGAUUUCAGAAUUGUUUUAAA